CGCACUGCGUCCAGCAUUUCUGCGGCCAUGGCGUGCGCACUGACCCUCUCUACAAAACUCUCUCCUUUCCCCUACGCCGCUCUCGCUAUCGCGAUAUAUACGAUAUACCCUUCGCAGGCAGAGUUCGUCUGGGAUGACGGUGCAACCGAGCCAGUCUUGGUUCUCAACGAUUCCAAAAUCACUUCCGAGGACGCGAUCGUACAAGCGUUAGCCAAAGUAGGCGGCCUUGCAGACGAUAGUGCCAAGAGUCAAGCUUUCUUUGCGCUCGCGAAGAAAAUUCAGACAAUCACAGCCGUGCCAGAGCUGCUCACGAUACUUGAUUCACUGGACGACCAUCUGGCCUUCCGGACUUUCCUCGUCGGGCACGACAUAACCGCCGCGGACUGGAUGAUCUGGGGAGCUAUCAAAGGUUCCGUCAAAGCCCUUGGUCUCCUGAAAAACAACAAACAUCCCCACCUCUCGCGUUUCCUCUCCUACUUCGAGUCCUUGCAGACCACCGAAACCGCCCUCUCCCUACUCGCCGCCGAGAAGGCGUCGGGGCGGCGCUCGAACAAGGUCGCCGCGUCCUUUGCGCUUGGUUUACAGGACGCCGUCGAUGGCCACGUCGUCACGCGUUUCCCGCCAGAGCCCAGCGGGUACCUCCACAUCGGGCACGCGAAGGCGGCGAUUUUGAACCAGUACUUCGCAAAGAUGUACCACGGGAAACUGUUGAUUCGGUUUGAUGACACGAAUCCGACCAAGGAGCGGAGCGAGUUCGAGGAGACUAUCCUGGAGGAUCUAGCCCUGCUCGAUAUCCACGGCGACGCGAUCUCCCACACUUCUGACUACUUCGACAAGCUGUACGAGCUCGGCGUCAAGAUGAUCGAGACGGGCAAAGCGUACGCAGACGAUACCGUGCAGGAGCAGAUGCGCGCGGAGCGCAUGGACGGCAUCGCCUCGAAGCACCGCGACGACUCCGUCGAGGACAACCUCAAGCAUUUCGCGGAGAUGAAGGCGGGGACGGAGGAGGGCCUGCGGUGGUGUAUCCGCGCGAAGAUCAGCGUGGACAAUCCGAAUAAGGCGCUCCGCGACCCCGUCAUCUACCGCUGCAACGUCCUCACACACCACCGAACCGGGGACAAGUGGAAGAUAUACCCAACCUACGACUUCGCGUGCCCGGUGGUGGACUCGCUGGAGGGCGUCACGCAUGCGCUGAGGACGAACGAGUACCGCGACCGCAACCCGCAGUACCACUGGAUGAUCGAGGCGCUCGGCCUCCGAUCCGUACAUAUCUGGGACUUCAGUCGAUUGAACUUCAUCUAUACGCUCCUGUCAAAGAGGAAGCUGCAUUGGUUUGUGGAUAACGGGCUCGUGAAGGGGUGGGACGACCCGCGGUUCCCGACUGUCCGGGGUAUUCGUCGCCGCGGUAUGACCGUCGAAGCCCUGCGGCAGUUCAUGCUUGCGCAGGGUCCCUCGCAGGCUAUUGUGUCCCUCGAGUGGGAUUCGAUUUGGGCGGCCAACAAGAAGGUCAUCGACCCGAUUGCUCCGCGAUUCUGGGCUAUUACUACUGACAAAAUGGUGCCGGUGACGAUCAGGGGCGGGCCUGCGUCGGCUGAGGUCAAGUCGUUGCCUAAGCAUAAGAAAAACCCCGAGGUCGGGGAGAAGCAGACCGUGUAUACCUCGCAGAUCCUCGUCGAGCAGGAGGAUGCGCUGUCGUUCGGUGACAACGAAGAGAUCACUCUCAUGGACUGGGGCAACGCCAUCGUGCGCUCAAAGACCGCGGACCCCUCAGGAACCGUCGCCGCGCUCGAGCUCGAGCUGCACCUCGCCGGCGACUUCCGCAAGACGUCGAAAAAGAUCCACUGGCUGCCGCAGCCGUCCUCCGCGCCCGAGAGCAAGCCCGUCGUGGCGCCCGUCACGCUCUUCGAUUACGACUACCUCAUCACGAAGAAGAAGCUCGAGGAGAACGACGAGCUGAAGGACUUUGUCACGCCCGUGACGGAGUUCAGGGAGGAGGCGCUCGCGGACGCGAACGUCCUCGAGCUGAAGAAGGGGGAUAUCAUCCAGUUCGAGAGGAAGGGGUACUUCAUCCUCGACCAGGUGUACGCGGACGCGAAUGGGGAGAAGAGGUUUGAUUUUAUUCGAAUUCCAGAUGGAAAGGCGGCAAAUCUGGCGUCGAAGGCGGGGGCGAAAGCUGGUGAGAAGGCUCCCUCUGGUGACAUGCAGAAGGGGAUUGACACGCCGGUUGAGACUAAGAUGUAUAAGAUGCCGAAGGUGUAUGGGGAGGACGAUGUGAUCCCGAAGGCGGAGACGAAGAUGUACCCGGUCAAAAACAUAUACAGUCCAUAGAAGUCUAAGUGUAUUUGUAGGCAAUGAGUAUCUUGCAGCUGUUUUCAAC